AUGGCAAACUAUAAGACAUGGACGGUCACUGAGCCGUACCUCAACAUCCACUGCAGUCUGGGCGAGGGUCCUUAUUACGAGGCUUCACGGAAUGUCCUACGCUUUGUCGACAUCAUUCAGAAACGUGUGCAUACCGUCGACCUUUCAAUUGGCCCGUCAUCCCUCACAACUUUGCAAUUGGACAUGCCUGUGGGGGUCACGGCGGACAUCGAGGGGGUGGACUCCAACAAGAAGAUCUUAAUCGGAGCCAAGCGUGGGUUGUAUUUGCUGGACAGGGCCACGGGGAGCUACGAACUCCUGAAGAGAUAUCAUGACACAGAGGAGAAUGACGAGAGGUUGAGGGGCAAUGAUGGGGCUGUCGAUCCUCAAGGACGCUUUUGGAUUGGGACUAUGAACGAUUUCUGGGUGGGGCCACCAAAUCCUGAAGGAUGUAUUUUCCGUUUCAACAAUGACCUCUCGCGACACACCCUCCGCACCUCUUUAGUAAUCCCCAAUAGCAUUGGCUGGUCCCCGGACCACAAAACUCUCUACUUCACCGACACAACUGCAGCGCGCAUCAUAGCCUUCGAUUACGACGACCCCACCGGUGACCUCAGCAACGAGCGUGUCUUCUGGCAACACGAUGGCGAUGGAGGCCCAGAUGGCUUCAAGGUCGACGAGGAAGGUUACAUCUGGCAAGCUCUCUACGGCGGGAGUCGAGUGCUGAAAAUAUCGCCGGAGGGGAAAGUGGUGGGUGAGGUAAAAUAUCCUACUAGAGCAAUCACCUGUCCUGUUUUUAUAGGGACAGAGUUAUGGGUUACUACCGCUAGUGAGAAUGAUGAGAACGAAGUGGAGAGCAUGAAGUACGGCGGGGCAAUUUUCAAGGUCGAUGUAGGGGUGAAGGGCCUCCCUGAGUUCAAAUUCCGCAUGGAAAAGUAG